AAAACAAAAUACAAACUCUCGACAUCAGUAUCAUUUAUCUAUCAAACUUAUUUAUUUAGGAAAAAAAUCCUAUCUCUCAAAUCAGCACAUAAAACAUAUUUUCAAAAUUUGGUUAAAAUCAUUUAAGCAGUUUUGAAGAUUAUCAUGAUCAAACAUCAUAACUCGAACUUUUUUAACGCCAUGCAAGCUAUUUUCUUAUUCUGUACUGAUAUCUCGUGCACAUACAACCACAAAAUAAUAGUUAACAUAGAUUUUCACUACUGUAACGAAAUUUCAAAACAAAAAGGUAUUUGGCGUAAAACUAUUCAGGCUGAACCUCCACACAUUCCUUAGUUUUGUGAAACUAAGGAAUGUGUGGAGGACUAUUAAAUUAAAUAUUGGUCUUAUUCAAUAUAUAUUAGCUGAACUCAAAUCAGAAAUUUUUUAAUAUCUCUGUAAAUUAUUAAUACCCAUUAAUUCCUCUCUUUAAGGAAAGUAGAUAAUACUUUCGAGAAAUCAAUUCAGUGUACGACAGAGCUGAUAUACGCAAAGAAGGUAAAAACCCUUAAAAUUAAAAAAAAAAGUAAUUGUACUGAGCGGAUUUGGAAAAUGCGCCGGCAGCGUCUUGCAACAGUAUCACGGGAUUGAUCGGAUAUUUCACACUCUCACCAAUUAUGCAAAAAUUUGGUCGAAGAAAGACACAUUUUGGUAUAAACAUAACAAUCGUUGUGGGAUGGUUAACUAUUCUCUUCGCCAACAGCGUAACCAUGCUUUUCAUCGCCAGAUUAAUCCAAGGACUGACUUUAGGUGGAGUAUUAAUUAAUUGCAUUAUAGCAAGCGAAUAUUGUGACCCGAAAAGAAGAGGUUAUAUAGUAGCAAUGAAGAAGGUAGCAAUGUCAGUAGGAAUCUUAACAUGUCAUACACUUGCAUUAUAUUGGACCUGGAGACAAAUAUCUUUAUUCGCUGUAUUUCCACCUGUAAUUGUUAUGAUCAAUACUUGGUAUUGGCCAGAGAGUCCAUCGUAUUUGGCUUUAAAAGAAAAGAUUGAGGAGUGCCAAUAUGCUUUCUAUUGGUUGCAUGGAAAGUCGACAGAAAAAGAGAACGAAUUGGAGAUUUUAAUAGCAGCUCAGGCGGGAAGAACGCUAAAGAAUAAAAGAAAUAAGUGUAGUGCUGUACUUAAAUUAUUUUACGUUUUUCGUGAUAAAGGUUUUGUCAAAUCUUUUCUUUUGGCGACAUUUUUAAUAUUAGCUGUAGAUGCGUCCGGAAGAGUUUAUUAUUAUACGUAUAUUACUGAGAUUUUGAGAGAAAUAGUAAAAGACGAAGCUACUGCAGCUUAUUGUACGGUAGUUGUUGAUUUAUCGACAACGAUUGCACAAAUCAUAUCUGUUUUUUUAAUACACAAUCUAAAAAGGCGGACGGUACUUUUUUCUACAGGAAUAUUAUCAACUGUACUCAUGCUGGCAAUAAGUUUGACAUCAUUUUUGAAGUCGUUAUAUCAUUUUCCAUCAUAUUCAAUAUGGAUUAUACUUUUUAUAGUAAUGUUACAAAGUUUUGUAUCCUAUAUAGGUCUCAUACCAGUCUGUUACAAUAUUGUGGGAGAAAUAUUUCCUUUAGAAUAUAAAGACUUAGCGCCCAGUGUUUCGGGAAUAUCUUUUAUGACAUUUUUUUUCAUAACAUUGAAAUUUACACCAGUAAUUAUAGAUAGAACAGGUUUGCAUGGAAUGUAUUUGAUAUACGGUGUAUGCUUGUUACUAACUAUAUUUGUGUUAUAUUUCAUAUUACCAGAAACUAAAGACAGAACAUUGCAAGAUAUAGAGGAUGAUAUUAGAGGAAUAAAGAGAACAGCUUUAGAAGUAAAACCAAUGUUAGAGGAUAAACUAAAACCAUGUCCGUAAAGAUUAAAAAUAUAUAAUACAUUUUGCUCCGACUACGUAGUUACAAAUAUAUACAGAUAUUUAAGAUAUUAUGAAAUCUAAGUUAUUAUAGUUAUAGAAUAAAGAUAGUGUGCAUUUUUACAUAUAUAUGAAAAUUAUUCAUGAGAUAGAUAGAUAAAUUCUUUAUUUGCAUUAUUGAUGCAAAUUGAUGCAAAAUGAUUUUGAUAAACAUAAAACUGAGGAUAAAAAUGCAAUUUAUUUAAUAAUAUUAGAAUCCAAAAUUUAAAUAACAGAUAGAGUAUAUUGUUGUAAAUACAAUGAAUUUAUAAGUAUCAUAAUACUUAUUGAAAAAAAAUUACACACGUGUCUUUUUAAUGUAAGAUUUUAUACAUUUAAAUUUGUAAAACCCUCAGUUGAACGUAAGAACACUUCGCCACGUUUAUUUGCAAAUUAUACAACUUAGAAUGGCAAACAACCUGACGGCCCACCCGAUGGAAAGCGGCAACCAUCGCCUAUAGACAUGAGCAGUACCGUGGACAUAACAGAGUAUACUGUUUCGCCCAUGCGUUGCCAUUCCUGAGGACUCAGAUGUUACUCCUAUGGUAUUAGGUAUGGGUGAUAUGGAUACCGAUCCGAUAUCUAUAUAUCGAGUUCCUCUGUAUAUUGAUGGCGAAAAAAAAUUCAUCACUAGGUCGGAUAUCUAUUUUUGAAUAUGUUAGAAGUUUGUUAUCUAAUAUUACUUUUUGGAAGAUAGACUUUUAACUUAUUCAUUAUUGGACCGUAUAUAGAUAUCGUAAGUAUAUAUAGAUAUUACAAUUUAUAUAUUACAAUUAGUAUGAGGCGUUUUAAUAUACCAAUAGAUUUUAUCUGUUUAUCCGUUUAUCCGCAAAAGCUACUGCACUAUAUUGGACGCGUUUUUUAGUUAUACUACCGAAAGUCUAUGUAGGUCUCGUUAUUUCGUCAAACAUACAUUGUUUACGGAUAUUACCUACCAUUAUCAAAAAAAAGUAGAGACGUUUCUUUAUAUUGACUGUAUUUUCAGUGAAAAUUACAAUCAAUACAACCAAAUUAACAGCUCAUUUCUUUUUCUACUUCUAAGAUCCAUGUGUAAGAAGUAACGAACCAAAAAGAUUUUUAUGCAACUUAUAGUGGCAAAAAGCUGACGGCCCACCUAAUGGAAAGUGAUAACAGUCGCCUAUAACUAUCACCCACUUUUACCCUGAGUAGGGUAAAAGUGGGUGAGACGCCAUAUGAGGAGAGAUGCCAUACCCUCGCUAAUUCCGUGUGGGAAAGAAAUAAAUGCAUAUUUCUUACUGUGCUCGACAGCUUUUGGACGCUUCUCCAUAGACUUGUCAGUACCUGCUCGGCUGCACGCGGUCGUAACUGGAUGUUGAGGAAUGAAUGUUUUGUCGCAGAAUUUUUUUGCUAAGAAUUACGUGUUUCGUGUAAUUAUGGUUUCGGUGAACAUAAUUCAUGAAAACAAAGAGUCAGCAAUGUGUUGGUUUAAUAUAUUGCUGAAAGUGUUA